AUGAAAAUACUCUUGAUACAGUCCAACACUCCAACAUCAACUUCUCCCACUCGAGAGACUCAGCUUCCUAGUGAAAGAUUUAGCAAAGGAGGGAAAAUCGCAGUCGGAGUAGUCGUUCCUAUAGUGGUUUUCUUGAUAGGCGUAGCGCUCGUCUACCUUUUGCGGCGAAAGAAACUACAGUCGACACCAGAUCAGGAAGUUUCAGCUGGAGGAGAUGGUUCAGAUACGGCGCUGAAGGCAGAGCUGCAGGGCAGUACUGGUAUUGUCACUCAUGGACCAAAAGGUGCCACAUUUGAGAAACCGGAACUUGGUGCAACUGGGACAGUAGCGGAAUUAUCUGCAGGAAGUGCGAUACAAGAACUGCAUGGCAACAGCUCUGUAGCAAAUUUGCACGGCCCCAUUGUACCAGAUCCUGAACUCCAAUUGCCAGUUGGAGAUAUUGCUGCUGGAGAAACUAAGCAACAAUUAGGCGAACAUUCAUCUAAGCAGGAUCCUGAAAGCACAACCACAGGGCUGUGGGGCUGGAGCAACUUCAAUACUCUUGGGGAACCUGAUGAAUCGGUGAGAACCUCAAUUACAGGGACGCGCAAAUAG